UUGUUUACAUUUAAUUCACAAUUACAAACAUAAACAAACAAUAUCAAAAUUUUACAACAAAAUUAAAAAUUAACCAUGGGUUGCUGCGAUCCUGAUGAAGAAUCGAAAAGAGAUAUAACUGCAGAAAGGCGGUGUACAGAUGUUUUCUGGUUAUGUUUAUUUAUUGCAUUUUGGUGUUUAAUGGUAAUCAUAGCCGCAUUUUCAUUUGUAUAUGGAAACCCAAUCAGGCUUAUCAAUGGAUAUGAUUCGUUCGGAAAUACUUGCGGCACAAACAACAAUAAAAAAAUUGGGAAUUUCGAGUAUUCUGGAUUGGAUACUUCCGAUAAACCUUAUUUACUAUUUUUCGAUAUCAAUGAGCUCAGGAAUUCGUUGAAAAUAUGCGUCAAGCAAUGCCCUCCGAAAACUUUCCGUAAAAUUGAGGAGUUGGGACAGUUUUAUAGAGAACACCAAAUUGGUUAUUGUAAUUAUAAUUUUAAUUACAAUGAGUUGAAUAGACAGAAUCAGAAGUGGGAUUCACAUGUACUUAGCACAUCUUAUGGUCCUUGCCCUAUGAUGCCGGUUUAUGAAAGUACUCCUGUGUUGAAUCGUUGUAUUCCAAAACCUGUGAAAGAAGUAUCAGAUGCUAUUCUCAGCAAUAUAUAUGGUUUACUGAAUAAUUGGGAUACUCUUGAAAAAGUUCUGGCUGAUUUAUAUACCUCUAAAUAUGUGAUAUUUGGAUUGGUGUUUUUAUCAUUGAUUUUAUCACUCUUUACGAUCUCAAUACUCCAUAUCAUGGCACAUUUAGUUGCCUAUAUUAUCAUGAUUCUUUUCACAAUUACAAGUAUUGGAGGAACAGGCUUUUUGUGGUACACAUAUUUUGAUAUAAAAUAUAACCUUGACCACACUAAGCAAAGUAUGUGGUUAUGGGAAUCAGCAAGAAAUGAAGAUGUGUUUUUUUGGUAUUCAGUGGUAGCCACUGUUAUUACUGUAAUCAUACUCAUAAUAGUUCUCGUUAUGAGAAAGCAGGUUGGUUUCUUGUCGGAUUUAUUUCAAGAAACUGCCAAAUGCUUAGCUCAUAUACCAACUCUCUUCUUUCAACCGCUAGUAACAUUUGUUGUGCUGCUGAUAUUUUUUGUCUUUUGGAUAUCUGUUGUGCUAUGUUUGGCAACUAGCUACUAUCCAGAUACAUCAGGAAUAUCUAUGUCUUUCUCAGAUGAUAAAACUACAUUUACAACGGCUAAUGCAGUGUCAAUCACUACUGAAAAGCCUAUGGGGAAUUUGUCAUUCACUGACAAAGUUAAAAAACUCACAUUGGUGGAAUAUAUCGAUCCAGCUUGGGUGAAAUAUAUGUGGUGGGUUUACUUCAUUGGUCUGAUAUGGACCUCUGAAUUCAUCAUGGCAUGCCAACAAAUGGUUAUAGCUGGUGCUGUAGCUCACUGGUUUUAUAGGCACAAGUUCACAGACAAUUCACAUGUCACGUAUGGUUUAUCGAAACUUAUGAAGUAUCAUUUGGGUUCUGUAGCUUUCGGUUCUUUUAUUAUCACAUUAUUCAAGAUACCAAGGCUUAUUUUGACAUAUAUACAUGAGAAGUUAAAAUAUCAAGAAAAUAAGGGUAGUGAAUGCGCAUCAUGUUGCCUAAAAUGCUGUAUUUGCUGUUUUUACUGCAUGGAAAAAUUUAUCCGUUACUUAAACCAUAAUGCCUAUACUGUCAUCGCCAUAGAUGGUGUUGGAUUUUGUAAAGCAGCAGGCACUGCUUUUGAAGUUCUUACCUCCCAUGCCUUACAAGUAGCUACCAUAAACGGAUUGGGAGAUUUUAUCUUGUUUCUAGGGAAGUGUUUUGUCACAGCAGUCACAGGCUCUGUAGGUCUAUUCAUUUUCAGAAAAAAUACAGAAUUAACAUUUUAUGCCAUACCAACUUUGGUUGUUUGCAUUUUCGCAUUUUUUGUUGCCCACUGCAUUCUAAGCUUAUAUGAGAUGGUUCUGGACACUGUUUACCUUUGUAUUGCACAAAAUGGCGAGGGACCUGAUGGUAUUCAAAUGCAAAAUAUGGGACUAACUUUUACAAGUAAUGGCAACAACCCAAAUCCUCCAAGCGAAUUGGAACCAAUCAAAUAAGGCACUAUUUAGCUUAAUAGAAAAUAAUGAUGUCUUCUGAAGCUCUAAAUGCACCAAAAUGAGUAUUACUAAUGAGCUCCGGUGUUAUUGUGGGGUUACUCGAAUAAUUUCUCACAUAUUCUAGUUCUCUAAGGCUGCAUCUACAUUGGAUCUGACCUGGCAAAUGAUGUAACGGUAGCCACACGCCAGAUCGGAUUCAAUGCAGCUCAGACAAAGUAUUCCAUUCAUUAGGUACAAAUCAUAUAUUAGGUUAUAAGUACCAAGAGUUUUUUGCAAGCGAAGUCGUUUGACAUGAUGAAAUGCAUAAAACUCGAUUCACUAAAAUAUUAACACUCUGUAUCUUAAGAAGAUGAGCAAGUAUCAAUGAAAAUUCACAGAAUAAGUCAAUAUUAAUUCAACACUACUAAAUAAUUUUCUUAUUCCAUGAAAACUUUUAUCAAUCUUGUUAUACAUACUGGAUUUACAGAAUAUUUAAAACAAAUUUUCGAAAAAAUAAUAUUUAUUAUACAUAAAAGCUUAUUAUAUACAAAAAUCGAAUUUUUUAUUCUUGAGCAAGCAGUAUUUAUAUUUUUUAUAUAUUAUUUAUCUAAUGUAAUAAAAUCAAUGAAUAGAAAACA